AUGACGUUGAAAGACGUGGAAAAAAUGCCAAAAGGAGUGAGCAGCGCCAGGUCCCCACAUUUGAGUAUUUAUAUACCCAACACUGGAGGUGGUACCAGAAUAGUAGAUCAUGGAAAGGAGAGGAUUGAUUCCUUCAUCGAAGCUGGCAGUGAUAUCAUUCUUACAAACACUUAUCAAGCUUGUAUAAAUACAAUGAUGAAUUCACGUGGUAUGACGAAGGCCGCUGCUGAAUCAUCCUUGAAAAAAUUGGUUUCACUGGCAGAACAGGCAGUUGAAGAAUGUUUAGUGCGAGAAAAAAUAAGCAUAGUUGGUUCAGUAGGACCAUAUGGUGUAACUUUUAAUGAUGGUUCUGAAUACAAUGGGGAUUACGUUGAUGAGGUUGAAGAACAGGUUAUGGUUGAUUAUCAUAUGCAACAAACCAUUCCACUGCUUCAAGCAGGUCUCAAAGUUGUAGCCUACGAAACAGUUCCAUCAUACAAGGAGGCUAUGGCUAUACUGAAGGCAGUAGAUUCUAUUGACUAUUCGUAUCAUUUCUGGAUAUCGUUUUCUUGUAAAAAUGGUGAGCAAACUAAUCACAUUGAAAGUUUUCGCAAAAGUGUAAAGAAAAUUUCUCAUCAUCCCAAUAUUCUUGGCAUAGGAAUUAAUUGCACAUCACCAAAUUACAUAACGCCGUUGUUGCAAUCUGCUGGUACCUCAGUUAAUUCAUUACCAUUUAUUAUUUAUCCAAACAGUGGAGAAAUAUAUGAAAAUGGCACGAAAAAAUGGAGAAGUGGCAGAUGUACCUUCCCUGACAUAAAGCAGCUAAUGGAAUGGAAGGAUUUAGGUAUGAAAGUGGUAGGUGGUUGCUGUCGAGUUGGGGCGAAAAAAAUCAAAGAACUGAGCAUAUUAGUUGCAAAAUUGAAUUCCGAAUACACCACAUCCUAA